AUGCAAUAAUUUAUUCAAUGUUAUUCGAAAGAAAAGAUUGAACAAGUCGAUCGAUUAAGUUAAUAAUUAGAAGAAUAAAAUUAAAAACUUCUUAAAGAUAAAUCAGUUGUUGAUUCUAUUAAAUGUGAUCUUGAAACCAUACAAACAAAAAUUAUUAACUAAUUUUAUGAAAAAGCUUAAGAAAUGGAAAAAGAAUUCCUCUAAAUUGAUUCAACAUAUGUAAUCUAAUUUAUAUAAAUUUAGGAUUAAUUAUUACUCUUAUAAUAGAAACUAAAAGAUCAACUCAAAUGA